CAGGGAUCUUCGUGCUGGUUGCCGAAGGAGGAUCUCUUUUGUCAUUCAAAUUAAUCAACAUGCUUGAGUCCAUUUACAAGUUCAGUGUUUCAGACAGAUAGUAAGCCGGCCACUCUAACACGGAAGACACAAGAGAACCGAGCAGCACAGUGAAAUCUGAAGGAUUACCAGCUAGCUGUCAAUAUGAACACUGAGUCUGUUGUCAUCGUUUCUGCUGCAAGGACCCCCAUUGGGUCUUUCAAUGGUUCUCUGUCAACUGUGCCCCUCCAAGAUCUGUGCUCUGUGGUGAUCAAGGAUGUCCUGAAGAGAGCCAACCUUAAGCCUGAGGCGGUGUCUGAGGUCAUCAUGGGGCACGUUCUGACAGCAGGUCAUGGGCAGAACCCAGCCCGUCAGGCCAGUGUUGCGGCAGGUAUCCCCUACCCAGUGCCUGCCUGGAGCUGCCAGAUGGUGUGUGGAUCUGGGCUGAAGGCAGUGUGUCUGGGCGUUCAGUCCAUCCAGACUGGAGAGUCAACCGUGGUGGUGGCUGGAGGCAUGGAGAGCAUGAGCAGGGCUCCCCACACAGUGCAGAUGCGGGCUGGAGUAAAGAUGGGCGACACCACCAUGCAGGAUUCUAUCAUCGCUGAUGGACUGACUGAUGCUUUCCACUGCUACCACAUGGGCAUCACAGCUGAGAAUGUGGCUAAGCAGUGGGGUGUGAGUCGCGAGGCUCAGGACCAGUUUGCCACCCAAUCCCAGAACAGAACCGAGGCUGCCCAGAAAGCAGGACAUUUCGAUCAGGAGAUUGUUCCGGUCAUGGUGCCGUCCAGAAAAGGCCCAGUGGAGGUGAAAGCAGAUGAGUUUCCUCGCCAUGGCAGCAACAUGGAAGCCAUGACUAAACUCAGGCCCUGCUUCCUAAAGGACGGCAGCGGCACCGUCACCCCCGGCAACGCGUCAGGUAUAAAUGAUGGAGCUGCAGCAACUGUUCUAAUGAGCCAAUCAGAAGCUCAGAAGCGAGGCCUCAAGCCAAUGGCCAGAAUCACCUCCUGGGCUCAAGCUGGCCUUGACCCUGCAAUCAUGGGAACUGGGCCUAUCCCAGCCAUCAGGAAAGCGGUUGCAAAGGCCGGUUGGCAGCUGGAUCAAGUGGACCUGUUUGAGAUAAAUGAAGCAUUCGCUGCCCAGUCCAUCGCUGUAGUGAAAGAGCUCGGACUCAACCCAGAUAAGGUGAAUGUGACUGGAGGUGCCAUCUCCCUGGGACACCCCAUAGGCAUGUCUGGCUGCCGGGUUCUGGUGACCCUACUGCACGCGCUCCAGAGGACUGGGGGUCAGAGGGGUGUGGCUUCUCUCUGCAUUGGGGGAGGGAUGGGCAUUGCCAUGUGUGUAGAAAGGGUGUGACUGAAUACAAGUACACUGAUGCUGCAUUCAGGAUCACAUUAUUGGUCUUAAAGGGAACGUUUAGAAUGCUUUAUUACACAACUUGUUUCAGCAGUGGUGGUAAUUAAUUUGUCACGUCACUGAAAAUUAUGUAAUUAGGUGAAAGCAGCAAAGGUCUCUAUUGUGGACCAUCCAAUACUGGUCCUUCAUUUUCCAUAGCAUAUGUAUAGCAACGUAUUAAGGUUAAGAAGCUAAAUUCUUUCUGCCUGUGUGAACCUAGUCAUUGGGCAACAUAUGCUAGUCUUUUUUCCAUCAGCAAAUAACUAUCAACUGCUAAACAAAGGUUUACAUGACUGGACUUGUUCACACCCAACCUAAUGAGAAUGCAGCCUUCCUAUUUGUCCUGUUCUCUCAUGGAAUGACAGCAAUGUACCUUAAUGCUCUAUGAACUGUAGAAUGUGGUUUAAGACAGCAGCCUUCCUUAAAUAUACAAGUGCCCAAAGACGGCGUAAACUUGCAGUACCUUAGCUUGCAGUAUCCUGUUUUAGGUAUGAAUGUACUGUUUAUUACCUGUCCACUUUCCAAUACAGAAUAGAUGAACUGAA